AUGACUGAUUACCAGGUCAAUGGAGGUCAUCCCCUCUUCAUUGACAGCAAGGCUGCCAACAAGGGGAGAAGGGACUCCUUCGACAUCUCCCCGACCACGCGUCGCUCCAGCACCUCAAUUCUUAGAGACGCAUCAAACAAAGCGAAGCACGAACUCAGCUCUCCGCACCACGCACUCAUUGAAGAUGACAUCAACAAUGUCGACGGAUUCCUCGACUACAUCGCACAUCUGCGCCUCCGGUACAUGCCAUGCUCAGGAAGCAAAUGGGACCGGGUGCUGCAGUGGGCAGAAUUCUUCGCCAGUGCCAUGCAUCACUUCCAAUUGGCCGGGAAAAGCUUGACAGCGUGUAACGACGAGGCAUCGCAGCUCAUCUGGAGCAGCUGUCAUGUGUUGUUGGAACUGGGCAAGCAGCGGCUGGACAUGACACACCGAGCGUUUGCGCUCUUCAACGACGCGGGCCUGAUGUUUGCUCACUUCUCGGAAAACAAGGAAUUGUUCGCCACCAGCCCGGACCUUCGACAAAGCCUGGAAGGCGUCUACGCCGAUCUCGUCAGCCUCGUUGUGGAUGUCUCUCUGCACUAUGCCAACGGCGGUGGCAUUUCCGAGUUCGACGCUCGUUUUGCCCACCGCGCCGAGAUGCUCUUCUCCUAUAAGGAUUCGAUAACUGAGGCUUUUUGGAGAGAGCAGCUGCAAACACGACACGGAAGAGAGGUCAUGGCAGAAAUCGAGGAGAUCCGGCGCUUCCUCUCGCCCCAUGACACUGUCGUCCGGGGUAUCCUCUCGAGACAAUCGAAGUCACGCAGUCAUUACGUUGAGUACACAUGCGAAUGGUUCGACCACAUGUUGCAAGAAUUCACGGCGGGAGAUGAUAAUGUUUUCCUCAUCACCGGCAAGCCAGGGUGCGGCAAGACGGUCCUCAGCCAGUGGAUUAUGGAACGUCUACGCCGCCAGCAGGAUCGGGCCAGCUACGAUGUCGCGUGCUUCUUCAUCGAGGGAGACUUCAAAACAGAAACCACUUCAAUGAGCAUCGCCAGGGGCUUGCUACGCCAGUUGUUUGAUAGUAGCGUUGGCGACGUGGACCUGUUUGAGCAAAUCUUGGCUCUCAAGCAGCGGCCCGCGCAGGACAACAUGGCCAUGGAGCAGGCCAUGUGGGCCGCUAUCGAGGGAGCAAUCAAGCGCAAGCGCACCAUGCUAAUCAUCGACGGACUGGACAAGGUUACCGGAGGAGUUGACAGCAGUGUGCGGAUCCUGGACCAGCUGCAUCAGGUCACCUCAAAGAGCAGCGGCGCCAAGGCAAUUGUUUUGUCCCAGCCACUGAAGAAACCCGGAUCCCAUCAUGCGCGACUGUUCAAUAUUGAUACCCGACACGUGUACCAGGACAUGGAGCGUGUUCUCGACGGAGUCGUUGCCUCAUCUUACCCGUCACUGACCGAUUACGAGAAGGCCAACCUGGUGCAGCGUUUGGUCACUCUUGGAGAUGGCUCGUUCACGCAUUCAAUGCUCCUGCUUGAAAUGACCAAGCGCGAGAAAACCCUGGCCGGCAUCAUGAGCUCAUUGGACAGUAUUCCACGGACCAUGCAUGAUUGCGUGAAGAAGCUUAUGGGCACGGUGGAUAUGCAUAACCGAGACACAAGAAUAACUGUUGCAUGGCUCUUGGCAGCACAACGACCCCUAACCAUCCGGGAAAUCAAGACACUCAUGGCUGUGGAUACUUCCCAGCUCACAUCAUCUCCAAGAAUCUCAGAUGCAGAGAACGAUCUGCGUUCUGCUAUGGGACCUCUGAUACGCAUUGAGGACGGUGUGGUCCGUUUCCGCUUCCCCCUCAUCCACCAACAGUUGCUCGAGAUGGCCAUGAGCACCAGCAAAGACUCUCGCCUCCCGUUUAACCUUCAAGAGGCCAAUUACGACAUGGUCACUCGCUGCUUGGCGGAUGUCAAAAUGUCUGUGAUGGAACAUACUUCCCCCUCGAUGGAGCGGAUGCCUUCUGAUGUGAUGGAGCGAAUGUUCGUCAGCCACAACCUAUUGGAGUAUACGGCACGGUACUGGCCGAUUCAUUUCAUGCAGUCGCCAAUGUACCAGAAAGACGGAAAGCACAAGCUCACGUCGGAAUUCAAGUACGUCUUCCCGUCUUCGACAACACUGGCCCUCAUCGAGCACACGUGCUGGACUACCGAGAUGAUGGCACAUUUCAAGCUUGCUCUACAACUCAGGAAGACAAUCACACCGGAUCAUGAGGAUGCUAUUUUCCAAACCUUGGUAUCACUCGCCGGCAGCUGCCAAAUGAUGUCAAACACGAAGGAGGCGAGUACAUACUUCUUCGACGCAUUCCGACUUGGCGUCAAACUCUUCGGAAAGCAAAGCAGCGUGGUCGCCACCGUCGUAGCCGGCUACAUCGACUCCACACAGCCUUCGAAGGAGAACAUGACGGUACGAGAAGAGCUACUGGACUACCUCGUCGCCUAUCAGAAGCAGACCCGCGGCGCAUCGGCGCAGCAGACGAUCAAGUACGCGCGCCUCCUGAUCCAGCUCUACAAGGAAUCCAACAAGAUGAACCGCGCGCUCGAGCUGGAGGAGGAGCUGCACCAGAUGUGCAUCGAGCACUACGGCAUGCACCACGCGUCGACGCAGCAGGUGCUCGAGGGUCUGAUGACGACGCUCCACGAAUCCGGCAACACGGAGCAGCUGCGACGGCUGCGCGUGGCCCAGUACGAGAGGGCGCGGCGCUCGCUCUCGCUCUCGGAUGCGGCGUUGGUGCGCGCUGCGCGAGACAUGGUCUCCUUCUACGAGAAGAACAGCCAGGUCAACAAGGCGGAAGAGAUUCUGACGGAGCUCUGGCAAUCCCUGACGCAGGCCUGCCAAAGCCGCACGUCCCUGGCGCUGCAGGAGCGCAAGCUGGAAGUGGCCAUGGCCUACCAGAAAUUCCUGGAUCGGAACGGGCGCCCGCAGGACGCGCAGAACGUUCUCGUCGGCGUCUGGACGGAGUACCAAGACGCGCUGGACCAGGAAACCAUCCAAACCCGGCUCUCCAAGUCCCAGCUCACCGCCAUCCUCGCCGUCGGGCGCGAGCUGCAGCAGCACCGCCUGCUGGAGGCGUCCAAGAACGUCUUCAGCAGCAUGUGGAGCUACCUGCGCCGCGUCAACGAGCAGGAGAGCUCGCUGGCCAUCGAGACGGCGACGAGCCUGUCCAGUGUCUCCCGCGAACUGAUCGAGAUGCAGGCCAGCAACACGACGGCCGUCUCGACGGGCGGCGGCAGCGACAUCUCGGCCGAGUCGAUCGACGAGUUCGAAGAGAUGCUGGCGUCGAUCGCGUCCAUCACCAAGUCCAUGACGACGACGACCUCUGCAUCCACAUCCAAGAAGGAGCAGAAGGCGUCCAGCUCCGCCGCCACCAGCCUCGUCACCACGGCCGGCACGCUCAGCGCCAUCUACGUCUCCCAGCACCGCUGGCGGCAGGCGACGGGCACCUGCAUCAAAGCGCUCGAGAUCGCCUGGCCCUCCGUGCUCGCGACGGACGGCAGCAAGGCCGAAUUGCCGGUCAACGACAAGGAGCGCGCGGUGGCUAUCGCGACGGCGAAGCGCCUGGCGCUGUGCUAUUUCACGCAGCGGCAGAUCGGCAAGGCGGAGCACAUACACCUGCGCGUCUUCCAGGCGACGAGGGUGCUCGGCGUGCAUGACGAGCGGUUUUUGAGAGCGGCGCACGAGCUGAUCGACUUCUACGACACCGUGUUCCGGUUCGACGGCGCCGUCGCGGUCCUCGUGGAGCUGCAGGCGAUGCAGAAGGCCGAGCUGUCGGCGUCGAAUGCCGUGACCAUCCACACGUCGUACCGGCUCGCGAAGAGCUGUCGGUUGAUGCAGAGGGAUGAGGAGGCGGAGAGGUACUUUGGGGAGAUUGUGAAGGCGCUGAGUAAGUCUGCGGACGACAAGAUCUUGGAGAGGGAGGCGAUCGAGGCGGCCAUGGAGCUGUGUAGCAUGCACGUCGAGGCAAGGCGCUGGGGCGAGGCGGGCAAGCUGUACACGAAGCUCUGGAAGACGGUCAUGACGCAGAGCGGCGCCGGCUACGGCUGGACGCCCGAACAGGUCGAGGGCUUGUACGUGGCGUACUUUGACCUGCUGGAGACGAAGCUCAAGGUCGACUUCAAGAUGUCGCUGCAGAUGACGACAGAGUACCAGAAGCGCGUGGUCGAACUGUUCGGCGAGGACAACGAGGUCAGCAUCAAGGCGACGCUGCAGCUGGCGGAGCUGCUGGAGCGGAGCGACGAGCACAGCGAGCGGGCCGUGGCGCUGUACGAGAAGGCGCUCUCGUCGUCGGAGAAGACGAAGGUGGCGCAGAGGACGCUCAAGGCCCUCACGCAGUACCGGCAGCGGCUGGCGCACCUGUACUCGAAGCAGACGCGCACCUCGUCCAAGGGCCUCAGCAUCUACCGGCAGGAGAUCGAGAAGACGGCGGCGACGUACGGCUUCGCGUCCAGCCAGGCGAUGCGGCAGCUCAGCGAGCUGGUCGCCUCGUGCGCCAUCAGCGAGGCCAAGGAGAACCGCACCCAGGCCAUCGAGCUGCUGCGCACCGCCAUCCGCGACAUCGUCGUCAAGGAGCGCAGCGCCGAGAAGCAGGUCGACGCCGCGCACUCCAUCGUGCGCAUGUACGUGCGGCUCGAGGCGCGCCAGACGGCCGUCGAGCUGCUCGCCAACAUCCGGCGGCAGAUCGUGUCCGGCGAGUACGGAACGGGCACGCUCAACCUGCAGGGCGCGGGCCAGCACUCGUUCGCCUUCGUCGUGGCCAUGGAGGAAGCGCUGGCCGAGGGCAAGCACCACUUCAGCGAGCUGAUGGCGACGCUCAUGACGGAGCGCCUCCUCCACCAGAACUACACGCGCUCCGUCAACACCAACGUCAGCUUCGAGAUCCUCUUCAGCCACGGCGCGCGCCUCGUGUCCUUCUACACCCAACACGGCCGCGGCGACGAGAGCAAGCAGACCGAAGCCGACCUGCUGCAGCGCUUCGCCCGCGUCUUCGAGGCGCAGGCCUCGUCCCAAGUCUUCCAGACCUUCUUCCACACCUGCCUCCACGAGAUGGGCGACAGCGGCGACCGCGACCAGGCCGUCAUCACGACCGCCACCGCCGCCGUCCUCGAGCACCUGCAGGCCGCCCGCUUCGCCGAGGCGUUCGAGCUGGCCGGCUUCGUGCACCGCUUCCUGCAGCUGUACGGCGCCUUCGACAACCAGGAGAACGUCUCGAUGGCGUUUAAACUCGCCCUGUGGUUGGGUGGCCGCGGGGAGGUGCGGACGCUGAAGACGCAGUGCGGAGACAAGAAGCUGCGCGAGAAGAUGAACGAGCUGUCCGCCGCCUUCCUGCGCCUCGCCAUCCAGCGCCUCGACGUGCGCAUCACCGACAUGGCGCUGGCGGACUUGAACGAGCUGGUCGGCCUGCUCGGUGAGCAGCGCAACUGGGAGGCGCUCGAGUCCAUCUUGUCGGCCGCGUGGUCGUCGCGACACUCGUCUGCCCCCUGGCCCGCUCAUACCGUCGUUGCCUUGGGUGCGCGUCUCGUGCAGGUGCGCUUCCAGCUGCCCGGCUGCCGCAGCCAGGCGCUGCAUCUGGCCGCGGAUAUCGCGUACAACUUGCGCCGGACGUGGGGCCUGCAUGAUCAGGCGACGCUGGAUAUGUUCCAUCUGCUCGCGGACCUGUACUCGCUUGCGGGCGAGAACAACAAUGCGCUCGAGGUGCGCCAGAGCGUCAUUCGAGGGACGCUGGAGGCUAUCGAGCACGGAGCGGUCGAGAAGAAUGAGGGAGCUGAGAUCGCGGCAAAGGAGUUCGAGUUGCUGAGGCGGACGCACUCUGCAUGCGGCGGCUGGAACCCAGGCGAUGUGGCCACGUUCGGAGGCAUGCAGGUCCGUCUGAAGGAACUGCUGUCUGGGGAGCAGAAGUGGAUGAGCUGCAAAGAUGCGCAGGAAGGCGUUGAGGGAUGGAAGGUUCCGAAGGGGAAGGAUCCAAGGCGGGCUGAGCUGGAGAAGGCCUCCAUACCCGAAUCGUGGGAGUUCCUGGGGAAGGAGGAGACUGCGAAGCACAGGAAUAAUUUGAGGCGAACGAGCGGACUCGAGACGGCGAGACCUCCGGCCACGAUGCUGUACGCUGGUGCUGCGGGUGGCAAGGCUGCCAUGCCGUCUACUAUGAAGCACCCUCCGCGAAAGCUCAGGACACAGCAGCAGCAAAGGCGUGACUCAAAAGGGGACGAGAAGAAACAAAAGAUCGACAAGGAUCAGGACUUCGUGGUUAUGGCGCUUGAGGCUGGUCCGAUUGGCGUUCCUAUUGGUCAGUUUUAA